AAAAAAAGCGUUUGUAAAACAGAAGUGAAAAUAAUUCAGUUCGGUUCGUUGUUCAAGAACUAAAAUCGCAAGAUUUGGAUAACAUCUGAUAUUUAGUUUUCUCGGUGGUUAUCAACACGAUAAGAUUCUUAGUGAUAUUAUCAGUAUUUUAAUAGACAUUAGCCACAAGCAAAAUCGUUGUAGGUUAGGAACACCUAACGCCGUUGUGUAAUAGCGCGAGCUUGACAUGAACAACUUUUGUCAUCGUUCAAUGCUGGGCAUGAGCCGUCUAACGAAGAAGAAGAAAUCGACAGCAAAUGAAUGGGUAGAAGAGCCAAUCGAUGAGGACCAUGAAGACGAACCGAGCUUUUUCAACAGAAGAAACUCUACUAUGAAGGCAGUUGGUAAUGAAUCGUCCGUAUUAACUUCAAUGUCGUUCGCUUCUCUUCAAAUUCCCGAGUGUAAGCCGGCGGAAGGUGAACAGGAAAUCGACAAACGAUCUUUCGAGCAGUGGCGAGAUGUCCUGGAGGCAUCUAUGAAGUUCUCUGGAAUCACAGACGAGUCUACAAAGAUGACUGUUUUCCGUAUGAAGGCCGGACCAAGGCUAAUCGACGUUCUGGAUAACACGUUUUCUAGCCUCUCUGCUCCUGAUGAAGUGGAACUACCGUACUCAAAUGUCAUGUUUCGUUUGAAGCAAUUUUACGGUUCCCGAGAUUAUAUUCUUCUCCAACGUCAAAGGUUGCGGAGCAUGGUGCAAGGCGCCACAGAGGGAGACGUAAUAUUCGUUAAGCGUGUGGCGACCGCAGCAAAGCUGUGCGAUUAUGGUAAUGAGCAACUGAUGGAGAGCGUAGCAGACGUGGUGCAGUCUCAUGCGUUGAAUAGCAAAGUGUGCGAAGCGGCCCGGAAAAUUCUGCGAAAAGGCGGUGCUAUAACGGAGUUAUUGGACAAAGUUCGAUCGGCGGAAGUGGAACGUCAAAGUGAGGAGUUGUACGCUAUGACGCACAAACAGCCUGUUGCAAAUAUAGCUGCCGUGUCAUAUUCCUCAUCUCACUUUUCCCACAAUAAGAAUCAACAAACUUAUCGAGGAAAAGCUGACAGGUUUCGAUCAAGAGGUGCACCAAGGGGAAGAGGGUAUCUGAACCGAUACGAUCAAGGAAGCGACAAUCGACGCUUGCACUGCUGGAGAUGCGGUAGCACAUUUCAUCGUUCGCAAAACUGCCAUGCGGUUGACAAAGUCUGCCGUCGGUGCCAAGUUAAGGGACAUAUCGAGCGCGUCUGUCGCUUGGUGCCGGAAGAGGGAUUGAAGCGUCAUGCGGCUGCCAGCUCGGAGCCGGUACCGGAUCCGAAAAUUCGGAAGAUCACAAUGACUGCUGAUGUUGAAAAAGAUCUAAGCGAGAGUGCAGAUACUAAGCCUGUAAGUGAAUUAAAUUAACUAGAACACACAAAGAAUAUUACAAUCUACAUUGAUUUUUACGGAAUAUGACUGACUGAAGUUGAAGUAACCUUUUUUUUUCCUGAACAAAUGAUAUUCCAUUAAAUAAAAUAAAGAAAAAGCA